UAAUUUAUUUGGAAAAUAAAAAUAACAAGCAAUUAUAAUAGUAUGGGGAUGGCUAAAACUAUUAAAAUUAUUUUCUCUCUAGCUUUUGUGGUGUUCUUGGCUUUUGCAGCAACCAAUGUUGAGGCAACAAGAUACAUAGGCUAUGAUGCCCUUCGUCAUGGAGAUCACGAAUUCGGUUGCAGUAAACUACACCCUCAAUUCUGCAAGAAGGUACAAGCCAAUCCUUAUACAAGAGGUUGUAAGGGUAUCGAACAUUGCCGUGGUUAAUUUCUACAAAUGCCAUCCUCAUAUUAAUAUCAAAUGAU